AUGCAACUUACUAACAUCAGUACGUGUGAAACCAAUGAGCCGGAAGAUCCUGUGUCUGAAGAUACAGAUGUAGAAUCCGACUCAAGACUGGACGAAGGAGACUCACUCCAGCCAGGUCCAUCGUCGUCAAAAAUCAAUAACGAGCCUGAAGCCAUAGAAGUCAUAACUCCAAGUAAAUAUCUUAACGAAUGUUCACCUAUCCCGAAAAUUCCUGUUCCAUUAUACAAAAGAGGCAAGCAAAAUUCAGAAAAAUUAUUAACUCUAAGAAAGCUAAGAAGCAAACACCAGACAAACCUAAAGAAUACAACCAAAAAUCAGUUCUUAAUAAGUCAAGAGUUCGAUGAAUCAGAUUUUGACCAGACUGAAUCUGAUAAAGGAAAUACUCAAAGCAGAGAAUGUUUUGAUGACUAUGCAAGUACCAAGUCCACGGCGGACUAG